CUGCAACAAGAGGCGAAGGGCUUCCAGAAUCUGGGAGAUUCUUAAAAGAACUACUUCAGGUACAAAUCGACAUUGGUGCAAUGAGAAGACAUUUUCAGUGUCAUUCUGUGGGACCAAAAAUACUGUAUCUACUCAUUUCUAUGGGACACCUUUAACUUUGGGGUUGAUUGGAAAGAACCUCUAUGGUAGCUCAAGCUGCACCUCAGCGUCAGAACUUGAACAGUCUUCUGUUGCCCCAGAUCCCACGAGCCAUGGGGAAAUCUAAGAAGAAAGAAGAGGCUGUCUUCCUGAGGAAGAAGAUCACCCUCUUGAGAGCUUUCUCACUCCUCAUUGGCAGCAUGGUGGGCAGCGGCAUAUUCAUCGCUCCCAAAGGGGUGCUGAAAAACUCCGGCAACGUGGGCUACUCCUUAAUCGUCUGGUUUGUGUGCGGGAUUCUCUCUAUGUUUGGUGCUCUGAGCUAUGCAGAACUUGGCACACGAAUCACAAAGUCUGGAGGCCAUUACAUCUACAUCUUGGAGACCCUGGGCCCCCUACCAGGAUUCCUGUUCCUAUGGGCCGAAUACUUUGCUAUAAGGCCGGCCAACAGCGCGGUUGUCUCCUUGGCAUUUGGCCGCUACAUCUUGGAGCCGUUUUUCGCUCCCUGCCCAACUCCACUUCCAGCUGUAAAACUGGUUGCUCUCCUUGGCUAUUACAUUGUCCUCAUCUUGAACUCUUGGAGCGUCAGUUGGAGUGCCAGGCUUCAGACCGUCUUGUCCAUUAUCAAGCUAGCAGCUCUGGCUCUCAUUAUUGUCCCUGGCAUGAUGCUUUUAGCUCAAGGCCAUACAGAAAAUUUCCAGGAUGCUUUCAAUGACCAGAUGCUCGCUUUGGACAAGCUUCCUUUAGCUUUUUACGCAGGGAUGUUCGCCUAUUCCGGAUGGUUUCAAACUAGUUUUGUGCGAGAAGAACUAGUGAAGCCCGAACGAAAUAUUCCCCUGGCUGUGAUUGUGUCUGUGAUCACUGUGAUUGUGGGAUAUAUGCUUACUAAUGUUUCCUAUUACACGGUACUGACAGCAGCAGACGUCCUUGCCUCCCAAGCAGUCGCUGUGAGUUUUGCACGGAAAGCUUUCCAGAGCCUUAUCUCUGUAAUCCCUGUCUUGGUUUCCUUGUCUUGCUUUGGAACCAUGAAUGGAGGAAUCUUUACUUUUUCAAGGACCUUGUUUGUGGCUUCAAGAGAAGGCCAGUGGCCUCCCCUCUUCUCUAUGAUUCAUAUCCAAAGACAUACGCCCCUGCCUGCUGUCAUGCUCAUGUUCCCUCUGGUCACAGCCAUGAUUUGCGUGGGAGACCUCUAUCACCUCCUGAACUUUUUCAGCUUCUCCCGGUGGCUCUUCAUCGGCUUAGCCACACUUGGGCUUAUAGUUCAUCGUUGCCGUCAUCCUGAGAUAAUAAGUCCAUUCAAGGUUCCUCUCUUCAUUCCUGUUUCCUUCACGAUCAUCUGCCUUUUCACUGUCGGAAUGUCUUUCUACUCAGACCCAAUCAAUAUCAGCAUCGGAUGUGCCAUGGUUUUAAGUGGUUUUCCAGUUUACUAUUUGCUCUUCAACGGGUCAAUGCCAAAGUGUUGCUGUGCUGCAUUCCAUUAUCUCACCCUGAAGCUCCAGAUACUCUUGAAGGUGGUGCAACAAGAGAUCAGGACUUACUGAGGAGCAUAACAAGAGAAGAAUGCACACACACCCCUGAAGCAUCUAUUUAGAGACUCCAACUUUGUGAAGACUUUGCCAUUAGCUUACAUUUCACGUUGCACAUAGAACACUACUACAUUGUGGCUACUUCUGCUUCCAAAUUGAUAUUUCAACACCAGAUGGAAAGUUCAGGAGGAAUCAAAGGCAACAAGGAAGUUUGUGUUGAGUUGCACCUUGUGUUGAAUUGCACCUUGGAUAGCAUUAGAAACGUAGCCUGUGUCGGUCCUGAUAGGGUCCUCAUCUGCCAUUGCAGGUGGACAUGAGUGGAUCCAGAAGAAAGACUCAUACCAAUGUAACUGAAUCUGUACUCCAUCUUUAAACACCGAUCGUGUUGAGUCAAUAGUUAUUUGUAGAUUUUGAAGUGGUGUUGCACAGCGGUUAUUAGCCAUGGAGUGCAGGUUCAUUUUUAAAGUUUGGUUUGACCUGUGCACUUUGGGUAGUGACCGUUUUGAUGUGCUCCAGGCUGUACUCUAGAAAGGCUAAAAAAAGAAAGCCCUCAAAGACAUGUAUGUAUUUUGGUGGGCUUGCCAUGGACACUGUUUGAAUGAUGCCAUGAUAAGACAGCUACCCACCCCUACUCCCCACACCCAGCUACCUAAAUCUGGAGCAGUUUCAAAACUUUUGAUAUUUUUUAAAUAUAUAUAUAGUGUAUGAAAGAAUGGAUGCAUAUUUAUCAAGGUGAUUUUGUAAUACUUUACAAAGUAAAACAAGGGCAAAAAUGAUUUUUUGAGUGGCAUUGACUAUACCAGAGUUAGCUUUGCAGCAUGGUCUAGCCAAUUUCACACCUUUUUUGUCUUUGGAACGGGUAGAACAGUUGAAGGGCUAUCAUACAGAAAAUGGAGCAAAUUUGGGCUCUUUUGGUCUGGUGGCCUGAAAUGGUGGGUUUAAGUUACAAGAAAAGAAAAGAAGAUUUAGACUAAACAUUAGGAAGUACUUUUCAAUGGUACCAGUGGUUUGUUAUGCAGUGAGUGGUUCCGAUUGGGGUUCUGAUGUCUGUCAGUUCCGACGUCAAUAAGGUGGUGAAUCCGCUCUGGGUUUCAGUCAGAACUCUAUAGAAGCUACCCAAGGCGCUAUCCAAGGUGACAUUGCUAGGUCAGUGCCAUAUUGGUUGGGGGCAAAUUACCCCCAUGGAUCCGGAGGAAUAAUAAUCCUUGUAUCACCAUAGCAGCAACGAUCUAGCAAAACAAUAUAAGCUCAAACAAGUGAUAGCAUGUGCAUCUCUUCUGUCCUGCAGUAUUUACACAGAAGUAAGUUCUACUGAAGUCAGUGGGUCUGUCUUCUCUGAAUGUGGGUAGGGGCUGGCACGUUAGAGUGAAACACAUGUCUUUGUAAGACCAGGGGUGGUGGUGGUGGUGGGGUUGAGCACAUGGUAAUGUGAAAUAAAUCAGUUGGUGGUAGUAGCAAUAGUUUUGCAACAUGAAACGUGACUUGAGAGGGCCAUGAACCAAAACUAUUAAUGGAGCACUUCUAACCAUCAGAAAUCAGAAGGAGCAUCACAACUGUUUCAAAUAUGACAGAUUGCCUACACUAGGAGUAGAGAACCAGUGGCCCUCCUGAUAUUGUUGGACUCUAACACCCAUAAUUUCUUACCAUUGGUCAUGUUGGCUAGGGCCGAUGGGAGAUGGAGUCCUUUAACAUCAUCUGGAUGGCACAGGUUCCCCAUCCCUUGCCUACAUGGAUCCAUAUAAGGAGAAAGCAAGUUGUGUGUACGCAGGUGAAGUCACACGUGCUUGUUUUUGUGUGUGUUUACAAUCCAUGGGAAACUGCUGCCACUUGUAAUGAAGUCAGCAUGUAUGAGAUGGCCAGAUGUGAGAAUCUAUGUACUGUUUUGCACAUGUGAUCCUACAUGGAAGUAGUAUGCAGGUAGGAAAUUGCCCCCAAUCCGUUCAACUAUCCCUUUUUUUCUUUUUUAAACUCAUAGUGAAAGAAAUCUUGUGCCCCUUUUACAUAAGUCUAAAGCAUCAUGGUCAAUACUGAAGACAUGUACAGUCCCAAUAAUAGAUUCUGGUAGCUCCUGCUAUUCCAUUUUAGGACUUUUCUACAUGAGGCUUUUAACCCCACACUUUAUGGAGGCUUCAUCAGCUCCUCCAUCAGUUUCUCCUCCCCCCCCCCGAGCUUUUCUUUCUUUGCUUUUCUAUAUGUUCCAUUACACAGCCACUAGGUGGCAUUGUCAUGUAGCAGUGUUGUACAUAUACACCUGAGUUUCAUGCCGCCAUUCACAGAAAUACCAGACUUUCCUGGUUAGAUAAUAAUAAUAAUAAUAAUAAUAAUAAUAAUAAUAAUAAUAAUAAUAAUAGUGUAAUGGUUGCAAAGUGUGGGAGAGGUCUUAGAGGAUAACUAUGAUGUGUAAAGCAUCUGCAAACUGCCAUGAGUAAGGAAUCAUGAGUGUAGAAUAAAUGGCUCAUGUAGAAAGGCUCUAAGAAGCUUUUCUCACUUGCCCACUGUCAAGGGCAAUUAAGCUGGUGAGUACAAGACGCAGAGCCUUCUCCAUAGUGGCCCCACACCUCUGGAAUUGCCUUCCUUUGGGGGUUCAUUAGGUUCCUUCCAUGCAGAUCUUUAGGAAGGUCUGAGGACCCACCUGUUUUUCCAAAGUGUUUUAGGCUCAGUGGUCAUUUCUGUUUGUAUUGAUUGCUAUUGGUAAUCUGUUUUUUAAUGGAUUUUUAUUGAAUAUGUAUCCACUUUGUAUGGUUUUUAUCAUGUGUGUAGCCUAGAGGGGGUUGCACCGUUAA